AUAAGUUAAUGAAAACAAAGUCAUCUCAAGCUUUGCCACCCGACCUAGAUUCAAUCAACCAAGCAAUUAGAAGGACGCAUUUCCCAACUUUCUUCUGGUUGCGCUUUAAUGGCAGGCUUCCUAAAGACAUCGACUGCAGUGAAAUCGGUUGGGAAAACAAUGGCGAGACGGUUUUGCCAAUAUGGUUUACAGAUGAUCAGCAACCUCCAACACUCGAAACAAGUGAGGCUAGUAAACAAAGUUUCAAGGCCUCGAGGAAAAUGUGUUAGGCGAGACAGCAGUUAUGACUCUGAUUUCAAUAGUGACGGUAACUUAAAGGAAAUACAAACUUUUAGCAGUAAAAUGGAUUUCAUACUUCUCGGCGAUCAUCUAACAGUAAAAGUGAUAGUGAAAGUGGGGAUGAUACCUGGCUUCCAUUAACCGCUGGAUACUUUACUACAGAAGUAUUUUGUUAUGUUUAAUAUAUCAAUGUUAUCUUUUGCUCUAGGCUUUAGUAUAGAUUCGGUAGGAGAAGACGCCUCCUACCGAAAUACUAUUAUUACCGUUUUGAGAAAUUUAUCUAUAUGACGUCAUUGUUAUAGAUCGCAAUAUAUCUCAAUUACGCUGGCUCGAAACAUAUAUACUUCUCCACGAACCAAGAAAUCUCUUUAAAUAAAACUCAAACGUACGCCUUGUCUCGUCAUUUCUCAGUUUUUCUACACGUCUUUCCUCAACACAUUUUACGCUAACACUGCCCUACUGUACUUUUAUGAACUCAAUUUAUAUUACUCAGCUAAUCAACAUGUCAAAUCAGGGAACCUAUAUUUGCUUACUGUUUAUACCGAUUGUAAAAUGUUGCUUAAAUUGUCGAUUGAUUCUCAGGACCUUUUAAAAGUCAGAGGAUGGCCAGUAAAUGAUGCGACGUAAAUCGGUUAAACUUUCCUUUUUUUCUUUCGAUGAAAUCGUCCCGGCAGCUACAUAACUUGCAUGCUAACAACGGCAUAAUAAUUAACGCGUGACAUGGGCAAAAUCUUUCUCAAGAACUAUCCCAGAGGGCUUCCAAAAUUGAUAUAUCUCCUAUAAAUAUCUCAAAACGACUAAGAGCAAAACGAAGGCGACAAGAUCUUUCACAAGCAUCUUGCCCCUAAAACGGUGUAUGCCUAAACUGCUUUCUCUUGCUGCUACUUUUCCAUAAUUCUUACUGCCUAAGAUGAGGUACAGGGCUCCUAUAUAAACUGAACUAAAAACAAUAGACAUACGUAAAUGAAACGGUGAAAGGAAGUAAUUUACUUAGUAACGAGCGGGAUGGGGUAGCGCGAUAUCCUUAAAUACUGGGUUGCUAUGGCGAUCUACUUAACAUGCUGCUAAUUGACGUAGGUAUGAAGUUACUCAUAAUAAUACAAAGAUUAUCUUAAUACACGUGAUGGAAAAUGCGGAACGAGCAAGGAAAGUUACAGAUAAACAAGAGUGAUUAGGUAAGGAAAAUCAAACGAAUGGACUAGAGAGAAAGGCCUAAAAUUAGCAGUAUUACACGAUACAAAGGUCUUACAUAGGUUUUAAAUACAUCACGAAUAUCAGUUUCCUUUACCUUGUUCACAUACACAUUAACAGGAGACAAGUACGUAAAUACAAUAUCAUAACAAAACAAAUUAAGCUACUUCGAGUCCUAAAGUGAAUGAAGCAAUAUAUCUGAGAAUAUAACAUAACAUAACCAAAUACUUGCUAUGCGCGCUGUGGAAUCCCCCACAGUCAUCAAAGAAACGUCAAUCAAUGAGAUAUGGAAAGCAAUUUUUGGUAUACCUGCUCAAUGGACGUGUCUCUUUAUCAGAGAGUGAUAGAAUAUCUUAAGAAAGGACAAUUAACAGUCCAAGAAUGAGAAUUCUGCGAAACAGUGGUGGUAAAAGGCCUAGUUUGGUUGGAUGACGUCAUCAGUCAAAGCUCCUUUUUAGAGCUAUCCGAAUAUGCAAUAAUUUUUGUUAUAAGACUUUUAUUACAGGAGAUAAUGGCUUUCUUAUUGAAUUAUUUUUUUAUUUAUGACGUCACGAAUCACAUGCAAUCUAAAAAUAAUUCGCGAUGGCCCAUCUCGGAAAAACAAUCUUUAGCCAUUAAAAUGUAGAAAUCCGAAGAAAAAAUUGAGAUUAGGCAAUUUGUUAGUUUUUUCGCAGCUAUUCCCCUGUCUAUGAUGAUAUGUAUGAGCUGCCGGCUCCUGUGUCCAGCAUCGCUCUGCAUGUUAUCCCGUUUAACUUCACUACCACCACUGGGUAAAUUAUUCCUUGUGCCCCUGUGGCCAACAUCACCUGGUUUGGCUGGCUGGUCUUACUAUCACUUGACUUUUUGUCACAUACGGAUGUAUGGUGUCUGCUGUGACAAUUUCUACAUCCGCUUUUCACUUGACACUCAGCGGCACGAUGAUUCAAGCCAGUACAAUUGAAACAUAAUCUCUUCUGCCGUAAAAUGUCUCUCCUUUUCUCAACUUCCUUUUCUCAUCUCCGUAGUGCAUCUACUAACUGCGGAAAACCCCAAUUUUGCUAGCUAUCAUCAGUGCGCACAAGGUCUGACUUGAUACCCUCCAAUUUAUCUAAGGUUGCGCGUGCAAACCCGUUUACUUCACUCAACUUUCCUAUAGACUCUAGGGCUUGGACACUAAUAAGUAAUUUUGCAUGAAAAUCAUGGACUUUGCUUGAAUUAGCCCCCUUAAUAACUGGCAAAGAUGUUAGAUUUUGGACGUGCGCAUUAAUUACUUCACUUGAUUUGCCAUAAGUUGACUUAAGAAUAUGCUUAGCUCUUUCAUAACCCUCUGUUGUGAAGGGUAACCCCUCAAUAUGCACUCGCACCUUUGGCAACAAAAGUUCUUUCAAAUAUGCGAAUUUUGCUACUGCAUCUAUGUUUACCCUGUCUAUUUCUGCCUCAAAUUGGUUCCAGAAUCUGAACCAAUCAAUGUGAGUGCCUUGAAAAUUGGAGAUAAUCAAUUUAGGAAGCUCUACCUUGCUUGAUACCUCACCCCCUACGCUUGUUGAUGACUUAGGCCCUUGCUUUAUCUCCUCCAAUUUUCGCUCUUGUUUGAUUCUUUCCUCGAAUUUUGCCUGUUCAAACUCUGCUUCCUGCGCGAACAGCUUCUGUUUGGCCAACCACAAGACCUUUUCUUCCUCACUCCGAUCAUUCUGCUUUAUUUCUGUCAAAACUCCCUUUAAUUCGGCGAUCAUCAUCAUCAUCAUCAGUAACGGAAGGGUCAAGGCUGACCCGCCGUGGCACACGCAAUGGUUGUCCGCCAAGUGUCCCUGUCUUGCGCCUUCCGAAGUAGCUCGGCCAUGAUCAUUCCCAGUAAAUCUUCCACGUCGUUCUCCAGUUUCCUUCGUGGUCUUCCUCGUUUCCUCUUUCCGUCCACCAUUCCCGAAAGAAUGUCAUUUCCCAAGCCUUUACUUCUCGCAACAUGGCCAAUAAAAGAUAACUUCCUUUUGUUGAUGCUGUUUAUGAGGGUUGCUUGGCCGAUCCUUUCCAGGACCCAUUCGUUCGUUUUCCUUUCUCUCCAACUUAUACGCAUAAUUCUUCUGUAACACCAUAUCUCGAAGGACGUCAGUCUGUUCCUGUCUCAUUUCUUGAGGACCCAACAUUCACAUCCAUAAGUUGCUACAGGGAAUACUGGCGUAUGGAGGAUUCGGAUUUUUGAUUGGAGUGUGAUCGAGCGGUCUUUCCAAAUGUUGCUGAGGCUUACUACUGCACUUCUUGCUAUGGCCAACCUUCUUCUGAUUUCUUUGCUGUCAUUGCAAUCGUUAGUAAAGUUUGCACCGAGAUAAAUAAAAUUAUCCACUGUUUCAAUGACUUCGCCGUUAACAGCAAGAUCUCGCAUUUCCAUGUUGUCUGGAUCACCAGCCAUCUUCAUGACUUUCGUCUUCUGCGUGUUUAGCAUCAGUCCUGCCUGCUCGCUUGCUACUUUGACUCUUGUGACGAGGUCUUCCAGCUCUUGCAUGGAUCCAGCAAUAAGGACAAUGUCAUCAGCGUACCUAAGGUUACUGACGGUUCUUCCUCCCACUUUUAUGGAUCCCUUGAAUCCGUCCAGAGCUUCUCGCAUAAUUUUCUCAGAGUAGACAUUAAAAAGAUGCGGCGACAGUAUACAACUUUGGCGGACUCCUUGACCGAUGUUGAAGAAAUCUGUCAUGCCAUAAGUGGUUCUUACAACUGCUUUCUGGUUGUCAUAAAGAUCUUUUAUGAGAUGGAUGAUGUGCGUUGGAAAGCCCAUCUCAAACAGUGCUUUCCACAGUGUUUCGUGGUCGACUGUGUCAAAUGCCUUCCUGUAGUCUAUGAAGCACAUAUACAGGUUAUGGCACCGCUCUCUGUGUUUUUCCAUUAUCAGCUUCAAGUUUAGAAUUUGAUCUCGUGUGCCUUUGUUUGCACGAAAUCCACAUUGUUCAUCUGCAAUUUCUUCAUCUAGUUUACCUUUCAGACGACCGGCUAUAACUUUUGAAAGGAUCUUGCUGCAAUGGCUGAUUAAAGAUAUUGUUCUGUUGUUACUGCAUUCUAAAACGUCUCCUUUCUUUGGGAUGGAUACAAAAACUGAUGUAAUCCAAUCCUCUGGCCAUUUUCUAUCUUUCCAGAUCUUUUUGCAGAGAACAUGGAAAAACUCGAAGACAUUCCCUCCACCGUUCUUAACAAGUUCCGCGGCCACUUCGUCGAUACCUGUGCUUUUGUUGUUUUUCAAAUCAUUUAUGGCUUUCUGGAUUUCACUCCGCAGAGGGGGCGGUUCUUCUUCGGUUUGGUCGAACGCAAAGUUGUCGUGUGCUAAGUUGUCAUUAAUUUUAUACAGAUCUUCGCAAUUUGACUUCCAUCUUUCUUUGACAUCAUAUCCAUUGCACAAAGCAUUACCGUUUUCAUCUUUUAUUGUGUCAAUGGUUGGUUUGAACUUUUUGGUCAGAUCUUUGAUUCCUCGAUACAGAUCUCUGGUUGAAUUAGUUAUGGAGUUUUCUUCAAUUUUCUUACAGACUCUGUCUAUUUGCUGAUUUUUGUCUUUUCUCAUCAUUCUUUGUACUGUUGCAUUUUGUUUUUUGUAUUCGUCGGUUGUUCCUUUCAGACAUCUUCGUUUCUCGAUUUCUGCUCUUGUUUCUUCUGAGAUCCAAUCAUUUUUUAUCUUUUUUCGCUUUUGGAUAGUUUGCUUUGCAACUUCGACUAGACAUUCCUUGCCUAACUUCCAGAAGUCGUUAGGGGGAAUUUCUUCAGUUUCACACUCCAGCAGGGAUUCGAAUUUGUUGUUAAUGUCAACCUUCUACUUUUCGCCUAGAGUGGAGAAAUCUAGACGUAGCGUUGGUGGUGGUUGAUCUAAUUUCUUCAGUCGCAUUCGGAUCCUGGCGGACAGAAGUUGGUGAUCACUGUUGCAGUCGGGUCCUGGUAGAGUUCUUGCAUCUUUCAGGCAGCUUUUCCACUUCUGUUCGAUCAUGAUGUAGUCGAUUUGAUUUCUGAUCGUUCUGUCAGGCGAUGUCCAAGUGUACAGUCUUCUUGGAUGCUGAUCAAAAAGCGUGUUGGCUACGACAAGACGAUAAUUCGUUGCUCCACAAACGAACUUCUGUUGGUUCGACCUCAUCCUCUAGUUUUAAUUCUUGUACCUCACAUUUCAAGCCAUGAAUCUCGGUAAUCUUUUUCUCGUAUAUUCCCAGUUGUCUCUCGAUUGACACUUUGUCCUUUCUUGAUAAAAUCUCGUUGGUUUCUACACUGAUAAAUUCGAGAAGACGGGUUUUCCCCUGGAUUUUCUUCUCGAAGCUCUCAAGUUCCGCUUUGUUCGCCAUAUCUCACUGUUUCUCGUCUCUUGGGCUCUUCUCUCCCAUCUGGGGUGCCACUGUUUCGCGAACUAUCGUAGAAGCACGAAAACAAAAAUAACUCGCAUUUAAAACCAACAAAAUCUGUAUCAAAACAUCGUAAAACUCUCGAAACUUCACGCUUUUUCUCUUCUCGCCAUCUACAAAACUUUUACUCCUCCUUCCUCACGCGGUUUUAACUAAUUUGCAUAAUAAUGACAACAAAACAGAAAUCUAAGAUCCCGGAUAAAAGGUCUAACAUCCCGGAUAAAGUCUAACGGUCUAUCGUGUGGUCUAUAGUCCCUGACACUGUGGAGAAUUGAGAGAAGGUUCAUAGAGGGUUGGAGCGCCACGAUUGCGCUACAAAGACGUAUUUAAGAGACAUCUGAAGAAUACCAACGAGUAUGAAGACUGGAGAGGAAAGGCCAAUAGCCGUGGGACCUGAAGGAAGGUGGUGGCCGCUGGAACCAGAACCACCACCUACUGAGGCGGCCUGAUAAUGUGAAACUUGCAACAGGACCUUCAAGGCAGCAAUAGACCUUUACCCUAAUUACGUCAUCAUUGCGAAUUUGCGCUUUGCAUUCUGGGACUAGUGGUCACGCAGGCAACCAAACUGUUGAUGUUUGUGAAUCGACUUCGUGGAGAACAGCUUAAAGAACAUCGUACAAAUAUGUCAGAAUAUAGCGAUUCAGCCACAAUUCAAGUGAGAAAUCAAAGCCCUAGUUUUUUUAAAAACUCUUGCCCGGGCAUAAAUUCGAUUUCAGAAGACAAGGAGCCUGGCGAUAUCGCAUCGAUUACCAUCGGUAGGCCUAGGCCCGACAACGCUAUCCGCAACCAUGAAACCGAAAGCAAAAACAUUACAGAUGGCUGGACGAAAUCAUUGCGCUGUUUCCCUGGAAUGACAGAUAAUAAUAUCGAAAAAGCACUUAUUCACCAAUCUGUUUCUUUUCCAAGACGUUGCAUUGCUCCGAAAGCUUUUAGAAACAAGAAGCAGGGAUAUAAACUCUGGAAGGAAGGAUUUGUACGCAAUGUCUUUGUCAGAGAAAAUGUCCCGGGACCAAGACUGAUGUUUCUUGUGAAGAGCAGGGUGCACGCUUCGAUGAAAAAUACUUCAUACAAUGUUUAUGUCCACCUAGAUCAGAGUAAUGGUGAAAUUCUGUACUCUAAAUGCAUGUGCAAGGCAGGUCAGGUUGGCUGUUGCAAACACGCGGCUGCUUUGCUUUUUACUUUGCUAGACUUCACGAAUGCACAGUACAGCAAAAUUCCUGAUAUGCUUACAUGCACUCAAGUUGCUCAAAAGUGGCAUGUGCCAUCAGCAACAAGUAUGACAUUGUCAGCUGCUGUGAAGUUUGAUGAUGUCAUUUUCAGUAAAUAUGAGCCAAACAAAGAAAAGAAAAGAGCAUUUGCCAGCCAAGCCCGUCAGGAUUACUGUGCAACCCCUCAGUUUGCUCUAAAAGUUAGUGCUAACGCAUUUAAACAACUGGCUAAUGAUUUGAGUGAUGCUGGAAGAGCCACAUUUUUGUGCAAAACUUUGCAAUCAAAUGACUUUAAGCCAACUGAGUUUUUUGAGACAUCAUGCAGAAAGCAGGAAUCCAGAGUCAGAGGGCAAACGGAGCAAAGCACAUCUGAAGAUGCUAUUAUAUUGAAUAUUUUUGAAAACAUCAACAGUGAAAACACACCUCCUUUUCAUCAAAGUGUCAUGAAGGAAGAGAUCAGGCUCAGUGUUCAAAAAUUGGUUGGUGUUUCCCAAAUCCAAGCCAUAGACAUAUGCAUUGCAACACAAAGGCAAGCCAAGGAUCCUGCCUGGUUUGAUGAAAGAUGCAAACGUGUGACAGCAUCUCAUUUUGGGAAAAUAAUGAGCAGAAGGAAAAAUAUUUGGCCUAAGGCUAUCAUAAAUUCCAUCACAAGAGCAAGGGCUACAGAUAAAGGGAAUUUACCAGCACCAUUGAAAUGGGGUAUUGAUAAUGAAGAUGUAGCAAUCAUUAAAUAUAUUGAAAGUAAACCAUUGGAUGGAAACUUUCAAAUUAAAAAAUGUGGAUUCAUUAUCAACACUGCUAUUCCAUGGCUUGGUUGUAGUCCAGAUGGGGUAGUUUUAAGAAACAAUGUACCAGUGGGAUGCAUUGAAGUAAAGUGCCCAUUCACUAAAAGAGAAAUGAGUUUGGCUAGCGCUUCUGAGGAAAAAUCUUUCUUUUUGAAACCUAGUUCAAAUGGACUUCAGCUGAAGAAAAAACAUAAUUACUUUUACCAAUUUCAGGGUAUACUGAACAUUCUAAAUCUCCCAUGGAUUGACUUUGUUGUUUUUACAAAUCUGGACUUGCAUGUUGAAAGAAUUUAUAGGGACACUGCGUUAUGGCAGAAUACAAUGUUGCCUGAAGUGACAGAUUUUUAUUGUAAUUAUAUUUUUAAAGAUUGAUGAGAGUAAAAUUUGAUUUUUUAGUCUUUUGAGUUUUAUAUCUGGAUGGUUUAGGCCUUUCUUAGGGAGAAUAUACUUUCUCAUUUCUUUUGCAUUUAACAGUUCAUAGUGACUUCAAAAGAUGUCACUUGAAAAUUCUAAAAAUAUAUCGAUCAACAUUUUAAGGAACUUCUCAUAUUUUGGGAAAAUCACAGAUGCAAUACUACAAGUAUUUUAAACGUAAGAUGAUUACUUUUGAAGUAAUCAAAAAUGAUGUCAAUGAUGUUUACUAUUGGAGGAACAAUAAAAUAAAAUUUGACAGGAGUUUGAGAAAAUAGAAAUCAACAAAAUUUAACACCAAUGUCUGUUUCAGUAUAGUGAUGUAUAAAAUAUAGUAUGUAACUUAGUGCAUUAAAUCAUCAAAUCUACCAUAAAUAGCACUACAAAUCCAAACUAAUCUGUCUGUAAUCAAUGGAGGCAAAAAGUUUGUCAAAUAGCAACAAAUUACCCAUAUCUUACUUAGAUCACUAGCCAUUGUUAUAGGAAACACUGAACUUAAAAUUCUGAAUGUUUUAAUUCGUGCUAUUGCUCUUUCGACAUGAAUGCGUACAGCUGCUAUCUGCCUUGUCUCUUGUUCUUCGUCAAUUGUCAAAUGUUCCUUCCCUCUGAGGAAAGGGGGUAUAUUCAAAGAUACAUCCUUUGGUAAAACAUUCUCUAACUCAAAGCCUUUAUCAGCCAUUAUUGAGUCUCCUGGUUCUAGAAAACUCAAAACUCCACAGUCCACUGUUGCCUGUUUGUCACUUGUUCUACCUGCAUACAAGUCUGAUGCAAAUGAAAUACCACCUGCAGGUGAGUUUCCCACAAGUCCCUUAGCAGUAUUGUAAUGUUUGUAAUGUGAAAAGGUCACACUCUGUGAUCUGACUGAGCUAGCCUUUUCAACGAAUAAUUCUGUGCAGUCUAUAACAACACGUGUUUUAGGAUAAAGGGCCUUGAAACAGUUUGGCAUGGUUUCAUCAACACACUCUCUUGUUGGCCAAAUUGGCAUCAUCCGAAAGAAGUUAUGUAGGAAGUCAAUCCAUGUUGUGCAAAUUCUUGACAAAUGAAUGACAGAAAUAGAUGCCCUGUAUGCAAGGUCUUCUUCAAGCAACCCCAAACGCAGUCAAACAAGUACAAGGAAAAACUCCUGCUCUGGUGUAAGACUUAGUUUUGGUCCCCGUUUAACAUGGUCUGGGUUUGUUAAAUUCUCUGAAUUGGUGCCAGAAUCAUAAUGAACUAACUUGUAAGCUACAUCUCCAAAUGAUUUUAACAGCAGUUUAAAAGUUAUGUAAUCAGGUAGGCCAGUAUAAAACCUGAACAUUUUGUUAUCUUCCUUUAUAUCAUCUAAGGUAAACCCUGCCUUUUUUCCAUUUUAGAGCAGCCUUUCGGCCAUUCCAGCAUUUUCUAAUCUGAGUCUUUCAUUCUCAGUUCUAAGCCUUUGGUUUUCAUCUUCUAGGAACUUAAUUCUGUCCUGAAAAUCUUUCUCAGCAUUAAUUUCUGUGUCCUCUAACAGAAACGAUACAUUCUCGUCAUUGGUUUCCAUUUCAACUUGUUCUGAAAAAAUGUUUCGUGCAUUGGGUUCAAAGGGCACCCUGUUCCUGGCCUUAGUUGUUGAUCUUGGAUUGAUUGGCUUGUCCUUGGCUGUUUUUGGAGUCAAAGUUGGUGUGUUGCACAUGUAAGUCUUCUUGCCGCCAGGGAAAUGCUUUGAGCAGACUCGAUGCCCUGAUGUCGGCUUGAAGUCUUUCCUGCCAACUAGAUGAAUCCACCGCUUCCUCAGAAGCUUCUUUUCCUCUGACUGACCAUCAGGAAAAUUGUAAAAGGAGAGAGGCGAGGGUCUUUUUUGCUGUUACUGAAACACUCAGGGACGCAACAGGUGUAUCCUCCCAUUCCUCCUCGUCUUCGCUUGACGUCUUCUGACGCAAAUUCGCAAUGAUGACGUAAUUAGGGUAAAGGUCUAUUGGGCUGUCAUCUCACUUGCCCCUAUCUUUUUUCAAAUACCAGUCAUUUGUUCCAGCCAUACGGUGUGUAAAGACCGAACACCAGACGCUUGAAUGCUUGAAUAUGAGCCUAUUACUAUCUAAGUAAUCAUAUAGUUGAUUGUAUACUACUUUUUCGAAUGUACGAAACAAUACAGGCAACACAGAGAUCGGUCUAGAGUUUGAACAAUCAUCUCUCACUCCGCUCUUGUAAAUUGGGGCAACAGGUGCUUUUUUCCAAUUUGUAGGAAAUUUUCCAGAGAAUAAAGACAUAAAGAUCGCAUAAUUAACCAGGGAUUAGAGGCAAAGCAAUCUUUAGAAAAAAGCUUGCAAUACCAUCACAACCAGAGCCAUGCAAUGUCUUCAUUUUCAUCAUAACUUUAGUUCCAUCUUUCUCUGAAACAGCUUUGAAAGAGAAAUUUCCCAUAGCGCUACCGAGUUCAUAUUCAUUGGAUAAAAGUGGGUUUGUUUUUUUUCUGAAAUUUUGUCACUUAGUUUAUUUCCAAAUGUACAGAAAAACUCAUUCAUUGAUGAAGCAUAAACAAUGAUCGUUUGAAUUUCAAAGCUCAGUUUUUCAUAGGUUGAUAUGCAUGGUCAAAUGAGUUCCCCUCUCUAAUGCAGUGGCGUACAUGACUUUCUCAAAACGGUACUCACAAAGUUUUAUGUGUAUAAGGGCCUGGGCGCACUGGUUUCUGAUAAAAAGCUCGGAGAGGUUGUUUGCCGUUUGGUUAACUUAAAGUAGUUUAAAACAAAGAACGCAUCUAACUUUUGGAUAGUUUUGCCUAUUUGGGUAUAUACUUUCCAUUUUGCCAUUAUUCUGUCGUUUUAUACUCUGAGAGCAUAGCGGUCAAAUCUUUGAUUGGCUGAGAGCUCUGUUCGCUGCCAUGUUCUAAGCCAAUCAGCACACAGGAUUCUCACAACAAAAUCGCUUCGGAGCUAGAAUUAGGCCCAUUUUCGCCAUUUCAGCGUGUUUUUACCACAUUGUCUACAGAAUUUCCACAUUAUUUUUUGUCCAGUUCAUCAUCAUGCGUUGCUAUUUAACCUAUAUUGGCGCCACUGUUCGAUCGCAAAGAAUAAUAUAAAAAAACACCUUGCAAAUGAUCGAUAAAUUUCGUGUCGAGAUUCAGAUAAAUUACGUUUUUACCUCUCCCCACCCAAAGCGCUUUAGACAUUUCAAAUUUAGACAAAAUCAAUUAUAUACUUACCUUGAAACUAGGAAUGGUUCAUAAUCUCGUCAUAGAUGCACUCACUGUUCAGCCUUAGAUUCCGCGGUGAUCGUCUAUGUAAUGAUCACAACGGUACGAAGGCUUUCAUAUUCACCCUCGAACUCGAUAAAUGUAUCUUUGUCCUCUGGAAUCAAAAUUUAUUUCAUAAAAGUGAAAAAUUUCAGCAACAGCCCAGAGUAAUUUCAAUCAUGAUUUGCCAAAGACAAUUGACCAUUAUUACUAAUUUUAUGUGAUGAAAAUGGCGAAUACACUCACGCGGUAAGACUGGGAUCUAAUAAAAUUUGAAAACGGCGGGAAAAAGUGACGAAAACGCACCCUCGAAAUUUUCCCGC